AUGGCCGAGCUUUUGGGAGAGCGGGCCGGUACUCGCGGGCCCACGCUUGCGGAACUGGAGUUUUUCGCAGAGGACUCCUUGGUGACCGUGAUCCCACGGGUAAACUUGUCUCGGAUCGAGCUCAUCGCUGGCGACUUUGGACCUUUCACCGUCAACGAGGCGUGUGCAGUACCAUUGUGGCUCGCUGUGUGCUUGAAACGAGCGGGCUAUUGUUCUAUCGUGCCUCCGUCGUGGUUACGGCUGAAAGCGCUCACGGCCGCGCGCGAGGAAGAAGAGCAAUCCCCGGAGCUGAGCGCGAGCCUACCUUUUCAUUAUCAACAGAUAGCGUCCUUGUUACUGACCCAUGCCGCUGCUGAUAUUCCUCAGGCUUGUCACAUUCAUGAGGUGUUGGAGGAUAUCGUGACGGUGCGUCAGGGAAAGAUCCGAGCGCUUCUCCAACGAAUAGUCAGCGAGCACGAGGCCACCCGGCCAGCGCGUCUCGGGUACCUCGGAUCCAUUGAGUUAUUUCGCUUCAGACCAGCUCUUGUGCAUAGCCUGCGUACACAGAGCUCCUUACACUCUGAGAGCGCAGCGGAUCACCACUGGCCGGAGGAUCGCGAUUUCAGCUCCAUGACCGGAUCGCUUUAG